AUGGCAGCCAAUCCCACCGUUCCGCCCAUGGCUGCAGUCCAAGCCGAGUCCAAAGAUCUAGGCAAAAAGGUCUUUGUCGGCAACCUCUCGUUCAAGACGACAGUCGAUGAGCUCAAGCAAGUCUUUGAGUCUCAUGGACCCAUCGUGGAUGCAGAGAUCAAGGCAAAGGGCACAAUGUCCCUCGGCUACGGCUUCAUCACCUAUGAGACCGAAAAAGCUGCAACGGCCAGUCUCAAGCUCGACAAGACCACCCUCAAAGAGCGCGAGAUCACCGUCGAGCUUGCCAAACCAGGUUCCCGCACGAAACCUGCAAGAGUGGCAAAGGAUGCUGCUGCUUCUGCCGCCAAAAUUGACACCUCCGCCGCUGUCGAUGACCAAGGCGAACUCAAGGAGGGCGCAGCAGCAAGCACACGCGGCGGUCGUGGUAGAGGACGCGGCAGAGCAGCUCGCGCACCGCGACAGGCAUCAACGGAAGCCGAGGGUGAGCCUGCUGCAGAAGGCGCUGCAUCUACUCGUGGUGCAGGCCGAGGACGCGGUCGUGGCAUCCGUGGACGUGGCCGCGGCGGUCGAGGCGGUGGCAGAGUCGGCCCGCCACCCGGCGAGCCUUCCAAGACUCUCCUCUUUGUGGCACAAUUGCCCAACAACACCGACGACAACGGUCUCAAGUCUCUCUUCACCGACGUCGGUCUGACGGUCACAAGCUCAAAAGUGAUCGUCUACAACUCUGGUCCCAACAAGGGCAAAUCUCGCGGCUACGGCUUCGUUCAUGUAGCCGAUGAAGCUCAACAAAAGAAGGCCAUCGAGAAGCUUCACGACAAGGACAUCGACGGUCGUCCUGUUCAAGUCAAGGUCGCAGUCGACAAGGAUGCCCAGCCUAACGGCGCUGCAGAAGACGGCGAGCCCGCUUCUACCGUGCUCGCAAGUUAAUGCUCAAAAAUGAAUUGAAAUGUUGUCUCAAGGCAAGCACGUCUUCAUGUUUACUGCUCGCGCAGAUUUGCUUCUGAGAGCGCGCUGAUCCGACCAUGUAAGCUUGGACCCUUCCCUCUACAAUUCCUCGGCUUUUCGUCCCUUGGCUGCAAGAUGAAGCUCAUCUCCUGCGUUGCCUUGCUUUUCGUCUCAACGACUAUCGCAGCGCCGCUCGAGAAUCUCCCACAGCUCGACGCCAUCAGUUCUCGCAUUCGAGAUCAUGCAAGGUUGGCCAUGGCAGCUUACGGUGAUCCGCAAACCAACUGCACCUUCCCUGGUUUCCAAGUCAUUACGUCCUUCGACAGCGAUCUA